AUGCCUGGAAUAUGGAUUCGGAGGGUCUCUGGAGUACGCGUUCGGGUCCGAGGUCGAGCUGACGUCUUGAACACAACCACGGGGCCAACAACCGAACCAGUGAGAACUCUAUCGGUAUCGUCUACAUUUGGUGGCAGGGUUUUCCUGCCUCCAUCAUCGGUUCGAGUGCAGCAGAAUCGGGCAGCGAGUGAACACAGGCAGGACAAACUCGUCGCCAGAUCAUGUAUUCUCCUCAAAUCGCAUUCUUCGACGAUUUCCAACAUUGAGGUUGUCCGCAAGUUGUCGACCGUGUCUCCUGUGCGCGAAGAAAGCAGGAGCAUGGCUAGAGAUGACGAGACUGCGACUUCCGCAAAUCUGGAUGUGAGCUCAGGAGCUGACAUACAGAAGCAGUCCUCGAUAUCAACUGGGGCCAAGGAAGAGGUGCUUUCAGAUGACCCUAUUACUCCUCCGGAUGGUGCCCUGAGCAUUGUAUUCACAGACAUAGUCAAAUCGACCGCAAUAUGGGAAGCAAACCCAUCAGCGAUGGUCGCAGCCAUGCAAACCCACGAUAACAUGGUCCGAGAGCUCAUCGCAUCCAAUUCUGGUUACGAGGUCAAGCAGAACGGCGAUGGAUUCAUGAUCGCAUUUCCCAGUGCCACAUCUGCUGUGCAGUUCUGUCUAGACGUACAAGAAAGGCUUCUGGACGAGAGUUGGCCCACAGCCAUAUUGAAAUCGAAUCCGGGGAGGGAAACGACCGAUGCGGAUGGCCACGUUUUAUUUCGAGGUUUGAAACUGCGAAUGUCUGCGCAUUGGGGCAGGCCGGUCUGUAAUUGGAACGAGGUCAUACAUCGGAUGGACUACCUUGGUCCAAUGGUGAAUCGUGCCGCGAGGUUUAUCGAGGUCACUGAAGGUGGACAGGUGGUGGUAUCGGAGGACUUCUUACUCCAGCUCCAGUGUGAGCUUGAAUCUACAGUCGAGGUCGAUAAUCAGGAAGAGCCUAAGGAAAUCCUCGAGGACUCCGAGCGAACUGGAGUCGAUCAAAAGCCCAGAACCGAGCUUAAUCUGGACCUUUUGAGUUCAAACAGGGAUCAAUUGAGAUUGACGCAUCAAGCAUUUCAGCUUCGCCUACUCGGCGAUCAUGAAUUCAAAGGACUGACUGAACCCGAAAAGCUAUACUUCAUCGUCCCAAAGUCUCUUGAAGGAAGAGUCGAUCACUGGCAUCAAGUCAUGCAUAUUGCUGGGGUGAAGGGCAACGUCCGUACAACGACGAAGGACUGA